CUUUCUCUGCUUGGGAGUUCUUAUACAGUUAAAGAUGUGGUUGUGUUCAACAUGUAUGAAACUUCAUGCCUGGAGCAGGCCAUGUAGUUCACAUAAUGGGGACAUGAUUCUAGCCCCCUUCAAUGGGUACAAUGCAUAUUUCUUAAUCCAUAUGAACCUCCCUACAGUUCCUGUCGAGAAUCCUGAUAAUAAUGUGGUUGUUGAGUAUGUGUCGUGUCUUAACCUGCAACUUCUGAAUAGUGUCUUCCAAAAACAGAUUCCUACGGCGAAGACUAUUCCCCCUAAAUGUAGGCUCCAAUUUUUGAGAGUUCUCAAGUCUACGUUGGAUAAGGUAAUAUCUUACACUGGUGAUACCUCCACAUGGAUACAAUUGAUAUUGUUUCCUAUUUGUAUUUUGCGUGUUUACUCUCCGAAGUGCAGUUUUGAGGAGAAGUCAAGCAUAAGAAACAAAUUGCAGGCUGCUUCCAUCAACCAGGCGAUCAUGAGAUGGCGUGAACCAAAUGGAUGUAGCUUCUUGGUACACAAAAUUCUUGAGGAAUUGAAUCAUCCACGCAACAAAAAGAAAGGAAAUAAGAAGAUUAGCCAGAACGCUAUCAAUUUGCGCAUAUGUCUUAAAAAUAUCAGGAUUGGCUUAUUCACUGCAGCUAUCAAAGUGUUGUCCUCAAACGGUAUAGCUCCAAAUGAUGAAGCAACUCUUAAUGAAUUGUUAUCUAAACAUCCUCAAGCUCAUCCACCACAUAUACCCCCUCAUCAGGCUCACUUGGACAACAUUAGCACCAACAGUGAGGUUAUCCUCAAUAGGCUCAAGAGUUUUCCUAAAGGAACUGCAUGUGGUCGUGAUGGUUUGAGAGUCCAGCAUCUUUUGGAUGCUCUCAGUGGUCCUGCAGCAGCUAUUACAGACGAGCUGCUUUCUUCAAUUACUCGGAUUAUCAAUCUUUGGUUAUCCGGCAGGUGCCCUCCUCAACUAGGUGAGUUUGUGGCUAGUGCACCACUCACCCCGCUUCUUAAACCGGACGGCAACAUUAGGCCAAUAGCUGUGGGCACUAUUUGGAGAAGAAUAGUCUCUAAAUUCGCUGCUCAUACUGUGUGCAAAGAGAUGAGUUCAUUUUUGGGAGACUACCAAUUUGGGGUCUUCUAUGCUGCAGCAAGUUAGGCAUGUUUGUCCUUCCAUCUACAAAUAGGUGGAGCUUUGUUACUCUGCUCAGGCAAGAUUAUAUUACGGGGACUGCAUUUUUUCGUCUGCACAGGGGGUACAACAAGGAGACCCAUUGGUCCCUCUCCUCUUUUCACUCACUCUACAUCCCCUGGUGAAGAAAGUUGCUGAGCAAUGUGUCUUAGAUCUUCAAGCUUGGUAUCUGGACGGCGAUACUCUAAUUGGUGACACUUUUAUGAUCUCUAAGGCUCUGCGUAUAAUUCAAGAGGAUGAUCCUGAUCUUGGUCUCCAUCUGAACAUUUCUAAGACUAAAAUUUACUGGCCAUCCGAUGCUCGUAGCUUUAUAGAGGGUGUCUUCCCGGUUCAGAUUUCCAGAUCGGAGAACGGUGUCAAAUGUUUAGGGGGGCCCGUUAGCCUUGAUCAAGAUUUUUGCAGCGAAAUGGUUUUAUGUAGAGUUAAUAAAACCACCAAACUCAUGGAAUCUAUUCAUAAACUUAAAGACCCUCAAAGUGAGUUACUCUUGUUACGCAAUUGUGUUGGGGUUUCGCGUUUAAAUUUCACAAUGAGAACCACAAAGUUAUCGGAAAUUCAAGAGCCCCAGGCAGGUUUUGAUUCACACCUUCUACAGUACAUGAGAUUGUUGGUGACAGCGAUGGUCCGGGUUUCGGUGCCCUUCAACAACGCCUAAUUAUAUUGCCUAUCAGGUACGGUGGUUUGGGUAUAUACAGUAUGGCCGAUACUAUGAAAUAUUGUUACCUAGCUUCAUGCUUACAGACUAGGGGUUUGCAGGAGUUAAUUCUUAGUAAGUCACAAUUCUCAGCUAAUGGGCCUAGUAUGCAGCAGGCUCUGGACUUGUUUUCCAAUGUUUGCGGCGUGGAUGCUUCAUCAAUUCACAUGGGAGUUACUUCCCCCAACACUAUGUCUACUUUGCCAGUUAGAUACUUCGAUGUGGUUAUGAAGGAUUUACCCAAUAUUUUCCCAUGUCAGACAGAGUUAAAGCAUUAUGGCAAUGUAACAAAACCAUGAAUGCUCAGGACUAUCUCUUAGUGAUCCCUAUUGAAGGUCUUAACCAUAGGAUUGGACCUCAACAGUUUAGUGAUGUUUUAUGUUAUCUAUUAAGUAUAUCCUUAUUCAAGGAUGGCAGUUUAUGUCCUUUCUGCAACAGGAAAAUGGAUAUUUUUGGCAA